GCACUGAGAGGCCUCGCCCUGGACGGGACAGGAGAGGAUUAACUGGACCAACUCACAGGCUCUUAUGAAGGUUCACUAAGCCAGAUCUACUAUGGCAAAUCACAUCACACAGAUUUCUCGAGAGGACCUGGAGGAUCUCAGAGAGGCCUUCAAUAAAAUCGACAUUGACAACAGUGGCUAUGUGAGUGACUUUGAGCUUCAGGAGCUGUUCAGAGAGGCCAGCUUGCACCUGCCGGGCUACAGGGUGCGGGAAAUCAUCGAGACCUUCAUCGCCGGCGACACCAACAAGGACGAGAAGAUCAGCUUUGAGGAGUUUGUGUCUAUCUACCAAGAGCUGAAGAGUAAGGAGUUCAGUGAGACGUUUAGGAAAACUAUCGCCAGGAGAGACGGGAUCCGCUCUUUCGGAGGAACAUCAGGCAUCUCCAGCGAGGGAACACAGCACUCCUACUCAGAUGAAGAGAAGGUGGCAUUUGUCAACUGGAUCAACAAAGCCUUGGCAAAAGACCCGGAUUGCCAACAUCUGCUGCCUAUGAACCCAGACAAUGACAACCUCUUCACUUCUGUCUGCGAUGGCAUCCUGCUGUGCAAAAUGAUCAACCUGUCUCAACCGGACACUAUUGAUGAGCGAGUCAUCAACACCAAGAAACGCACCACCUUUACCAUGACUGAGAAUCUGGUUCUGGCCCUGAACUCAGCCUCGGCUAUCGGCUGCACAGUGGUGAACAUCGAUGCCCAUGAUCUGAUGGCUGGAAAACCCCAUCUGGUCCUAGGACUGCUCUGGCAAAUUAUCAAGAUUGGCCUGUUUGCUGAUAUAGAAAUCAGCAGGAACGAAGCUCUGCUCAGCCUCCUGGAAGAGGGAGAGCAGCUGGACCAUCUCCUGUCUGUCUCCCCAGAGGAGCUGCUGCUCCGCUGGGUCAACAGUCACCUACGCAACGCAGGGACCAAGCCAAUCAGCAACUUCAGUGAGGACAUCAAGGACUCGCGGGCCUAUUUCUACCUGCUGGACCAGAUUUCUCCGAAAGGGGAUUUUGACAGAAUGAGUGUCGAAAUUGACAUGAGCGGCCUCAACGAGCCUGAUUUGGACAGAAGGGCUGAGCUGAUGCUGCGUCAGGCGGCGAGGAUGGACUGCAGACAGUUUGUUUCUCCCCACGACGUCACGUCUGGAAACAGCAAGCUCAACCUGGCCUUCGUGGCCAACCUGUUCAACAUGUACCCGACGCUGCCCAUGUCUCAGAGCAACGGCAUAGACUCUGCACUCAUGGAGGGUUUACCAACUGAGUCCAGAGAAGAGAGAACAUUUCGCAACUGGAUGAACUCUCUGGGCGUCUCUCCGUAUGUCAAUCACCUGUACAGCGACCUGUGUGAUGCUUUGGUGAUUCUGCAACUUUAUGAGAAAGUCAAGGUGCCUGUGAACUGGAAGAAGGUCAACAGACCCCCAUAUCCAGUACUGGGGUCCAACAUGAAGAAGCUGGAGAACUGUAACUAUGCCGUGGAGCUGGGCAGGACUGAGGCUCACUUCUCUCUGGUUGGCAUCGGAGGAGAAAACCUGAACGAGGGGAGCUCCAUGCACACCCUGGCACUGCUCUGGCAGCUGAUGAGGAGGUACACAGUGAUGGUGUUGUCAGAUCUGGGUGACGGAGAGAAGAUUGGAGAUCAGAUCAUCCUCAGCUGGGUCAAUACCACCUUGAGCCAGGGGCGUAAGGACACACAGAUCAGCAGCUUCAAGGACAAGCAGAUCAGCACCAGCCUGCCGGUGAUCGACCUGAUUGAAACCAUCGCUCCCGGUGCCGUCAAACCAGAGAUGGUGCAGAGAGGAGAGCGAGGAGUGCUGAGCGAGGCGGACAAACUCAACAACGCCAAGUAUGCAAUCUCAGUGGCCCGUAAGAUCGGCGCUCGUGUCUAUGCGCUGCCUGAUGACUUGGUGGAAGUGAAGCCCAAGAUGGUGCUGACGUUGUUUGCCUGCCUUAUGGGCCGCGGCCUGAAGAAAGUGAACCCCUGAAGCAGACAUCUCCACAGUGUUUCUAUCACACAACAUUCGUUUCCCAUAUUUAUCACUCAUACAUUUUUGCACGGUGGUGAUUCUUCUCCUUUAUAAUGAAGGUCUUGUUACCAGCCGUGGCCAUUUAGCUUGUUAUGAACGCCAGACAGAGGUGUUGUGGUCAGGAAAGCUCCUCUGGUCUUUUCUGUUAUUCCUUUCAUGAAAACAAUAAAGUUCAUUGCCUCAUGUCAGCUAAAAAUCAUGGCUCUGCUGUAUCAUAUGUAAUAAGAAAUAAAUCAUUUCACACCUCCCACAUCAGCAGAAAGGAGAUGAAGUAAAAGCUGAUUAUCUACACAUCCCUCUCCGUACCACUUCAUGUCUGUAAAUGUUGUGC